AUGAGUCGAGGACAGGGCAGGUGAAUAGAGGGCGAGAAGGAAUUAGCCUGUGCAUGCACUUAUAUGCGCACGCACACAUACUAACACAAGCAGGUAUGCAUACACUUUGGUAGGCACUGGUGUACACACACAUUCAGACGCAUAGAUGCUCUAUCUGUACACUUUGAUGCGUACAGGCACAUACUCUGCAACACAAACAUGUAUUGUACACAUACACAAAUGUACACAGAGGCAUCGUCUUUACAAGAGAAAUGUGACUGGAUUCGCCAGAAUAGACAGAGCAUCACAGAGGUAAUAGUGAGAGAGCGAAGUAGACAGCAGGGAGAGAAAUAGUGAGGGGAGAUGGAGAAGGGUAGACACAGCGGAGAGAAGGGUAGAUGCAGCAGGGAGAGAGCGAUAUGGGCGUCUGUGAGCAGAUCUGAGCGGCUGAGCCCCAAGUAUUGAAGCCAUCGCUCCAUCACCUCAGAGUAGCCUUGGCCUGCAGACAGGCCAGACAGAUGGGCCAUUUCAUACCCUAGUCAUAAAGUAAGAUGGUGGCAGACUGGAUCUUUAUUAGUUAGCCCUGCAGUGGGAGGCAGUGCGGGCAUGUUGACCCUCUGUCCCAGGGGACCCAUCCAGGGUCAUUCAGCCUAUCCACGCCCCUGCCUGGAUCCUGAUGAUAUGCUCAUCCAGCUGCAGAGCACUCUGGGAUAAGAUGAUAAAGCCCCCAGAGCAUAGUAAAUACAGUAAACAGAACCUGUAUUCAAUUAAAGAAAUGCCUGUAGGUAGGUAUAUACCCAGUGGUUAGAGAGUAGCUGGCAAAGAUGAACGGACCAAAGUACAGAGAUCCUUGAUUAAAAACCUUCUCCAGAGCGCUCAGGACCUCAGACUGGGGCCAAGGUUCACCUUCCAACAGGACAACGACCCUAAGCACACAGCCAAGACAAUGCCGGAUUGGCUUCGUGACAAGUCUCAAUGUCCUUGAGUUGCCCAGCCAGAGCCCGGACUUGAACCUGAUCGAACAUCUUUGGAGAGACCUGAAAAUAGCUGUGCAGAAACACUCCCCAUCCAACCUGACAGAGCUUGUGAGGCUCUGAAGAGAAGAAUGGUAGAAACUCCCCAAAUUCAGGUGUGCCAGGCUUGUAGCGUCAUACCCAAGAAGACUUGAGGCUGUAAUCCCUGCCAAAGAUGCUUCAAGUACUGAGUAAAUACUUCUGUAAAUGUUAUUUAAGUUUUUUAUUUCUAAUAAAUUAGCAAUCAUUUCUAAAAACCUGUUUUUGCUUAGUCAUUAUGUGGUAUCGUGUGUUAGGUGAAAAAUCUGUCGAUGUGCCCUUGAGCAAGGCACUUAACCCUAAUUGCUCCUGUAAGUCGCUCUGGAUAAGAGCGUCUGCUAAAAUGACAUAAAAUAAAAAAAAUAAAAAAAUAGCUUGAUGGAAAACAACGAUUACAUUUUAGAAUAAGGCUGUAACAAAAUGUGGGAAAAAGUCAAGGGGUCUGAAUACUUUCCGAAGGCACUGUAAAUAGUUUGAUUAGGGAAUGCCAUGUAGUUAUUUUAUUAACUGUAAUCAUUUUUCAAAGCCAUUUUAGAUGGGCUUGCUGUUUGGUCCGAACAGUUUCACAAAUCAUGGGAAUUUUUUACACUGAAGAUGUUGUCUCCCCUCUGAAGCACGUGUUGCUAGGCUAUCCCACUGCACUUGCCUGGGCGGGGGGGGGCGCUGAAGAGUAUUUCUGUCUGAAAUAAAGCACUUUUGGGGGAAAACUCAUUAUGAUUGGCUGGGCCUGGCUCCCAAGUGGGAGGGCGUAUGCCCUCCCAGGCCCAUCCAUGGCUGCGCCCUUGCCCAGUCAUGUGAAAUCCAUCGAUUAGGGCCUAAUGAAUUGAUUUCAAUUGACUGAUUUCAUUAUAUGAACUGUAACUCAUUACAAUCUUUGAAAUUGUUGCAUGUAUACUUAAUAAAGCUGCAUACUGUGUACUAAUCAUACUAUUUAGAACAUGCUGUUUAGUAAACAUUUAUGCAGUAAGCAACAAUUGUUAACAUACUAGACUCACCGAUACUGAGAAUGCGUCAUCUAAUGUGCAAUUGCGUUGUUUCCAGCCAUUAACACAUUUUUACAGCACGUCCCCUUAUCUCAAAUUCAGCUGAUUAUCAGUUGCUGUCAAAUACACCUGGGUCUGAAAAGACGACUGUUUCUCAAUAGUGUGCAGUAAAUUCAACUAAAUGAAAAGCUGAAAUGAGUAUGACAUCCUGGCAUUUGAAACAUACAUUUUAGAAAUGUCACACUAUAAAAUGUUAUAUUUUCACAUACUAAAAAUGCCUACUAUUGAUAUAGAAUACAAGUACCGGUAUUUGGACACAGCCGCUGAUUUAAAACUGGAGGAGGGAAGGGAGCAGAGAUUGAGGAGAGCAGAAAGAAAUGUAUAGUUCCUUGGAAGUUGAAUAGAUGGAGGUGCACUGGAGUGGAGCUGUCUGAUUAGGAAGCGCUUUAGCCUCUCUCUCCUUCAUUCUCUCACUCUCCCCUCUGGCCCUUUCUGGAUCUCUUUUUCUCCUGCCCUCCUCUCCCUCCCUGAGUUUCAUGCUAAGUACAGUGGGGAAAAAAAGUAUUUAGUCAGCCACCAAUUGUGCAAGUUCUCCCACUUAAAAAGAUGAGAGAGGCCUGUAAUUUUCAUCAUAGGUACACGUCAACUAUGACAGACAAAAUGAGAGAAAAAAAUCCAGAAAAUCACAUUGUAGGAUUUUUAAUGAAUUUAUUUGCAAAUUAUGGUGGAAAAUAAGUAUUUGGUCAAUAACAAAAGUUUCUCAAUACUUUGUUAUAUACCCUUUGUUGGCAAUGACACAGGUCAAAUGUUUUCUGUAAGUCUUCACAAGGUUUUCACACACUGUUGCUGGUAUUUUGGCCCAUUCCUCCAUGCAGAUCUCCUCUAGAGCAGUGAUGUUUUGGGGCUGUCGCUGGGCAACACAGACUUUCAACUCCCUCCAAAGAUUUUCUAUGGGGUUGAGAUCUGGAGACUGGCUACGCCACUCCAGGACCUUGAAAUGCUUCUUACGAAGCCACUCCUUCGUUGCCCGGGCGGUGUGUUUGGGAUCAUUGUCAUGCUGAAAGACUCAGCCACGUUUCAUCUUCAAUGCCCUUGCUGAUGGAAGGAGGUUUUCACUCAAAAUCUCACGAUACAUGGCCCCAUUCAUUCUUUCCUUUACACGGAUCAGUCGUCCUGGUCCCUUUGCUGAAAAACAGCCCCAAAGCAUGAUGUUUCCACCCCCAUGCUUCACAGUAGGUAUGGUGUUCUUUGGAUGCAACUCAGCAUUCUUUGACCUCCAAACACGAUGAGUUGAGUGUUUACCAAAAAGUUAUAUUUUGGUUUCAUCUGACCAUAUGACAUUCUCCCAAUCCUCUUCUGGAUCAUCCAAAUGCACUCUAGCAAACUUCAGACGGGCCUGGACAUGUACUGGCUUAAGCAGGGGGACACAUCUGCACUGCAGGAUUUGAGUCCCUGGCGGCGUAGUGUGUUACUGAUGGUAGGCUUUGUUACUUUGGUCCCAGCUCUCUGCAGGUCAUUCACUAGGUCCCCCCGUGUGGUUCUGGGAUUUUUGCUCACCGUUCUUGUGAUCAUUUUGACCCCACGGGGUGAGAUCUUGCGUGGAGCCCCAGAUCGAGGGAGAUUAUCAGUGGUCUUGUAUGUCUUCCAUUUCCUAAUAAUUGCUCCCACAGUUGAUUUCUUCAAACCAAGCUGCUUACCUAUUGCAGAUUCAGUCUUCCCAGCCUUAUGCAGGUCUACAAUUUUGUUUCUGGUGUCCUUUGACAGCUCUUUGGUCUUGGCCAUAGUGGAGUUUGGAGUGUGACUGUUUGAGGUUGUGGACAGGUGUCUUUUAUACUGAUAACAAGUUCAAACAGGUGCCAUUAAUACAGGUAACGAGUGGAGGACAGAGGAGCCUCUUAAAGAAGAAGUUACAGGUCUGUGAGAGCCAGAAAUCUUGCUUGUUUGUAGGUGACCAAAUACUUAUUUUCCACCAUAAUUUGCAAAUAAAUUCAUUAAAAAUCCUACAAUGAGAUUUUCUGGAUUUUUUAUUCUGAAUUUGUCUGUCAUAGUUGACGUGUACCUAUGAUGAAAAUUACAGGCCUCUCUCAUCUUUUUAAGUGGGAGAACUUGCACAAUUGGUGGCUGACUAAAUACUUUUUUCCCCCACUGUAUAUACAGAAAGACUUGUUGUUUUAAACUACUGUGUACUAAUCAUAUGUCAUACUAUUUAGAACGUACUGUUUAGUAAAAUGUAUGCAGUAAGCAACAAAUAUGAACAUACUAGCCUCAUCCAUACUGAGAAUGCGUAAUCUAAUGUGCAAUUGCAUUGUUCCCCGCCAUUCGUUCAUUUUGGUACAGCCCAUCCCCUAAUCUGAUUGAUUAGCGUUUGUCAAACACGUGGGCCUGAAAAGACCAUUAUCUUUCUCAAUGGCAUGCAGCUAAUUCGUACUAGAUGUAAAACCGAAUUGAGUAUGACAUCCUGGCAUUUAAAGCAUACUAUAUUGUCGAAAUUUCCAAUGCUAUAAAAUGUCCUAUUUUCACAUACCCACACAGUAAGUGUUACAUUUAACACUGUCAGCGAGUGCAUAUGAUCCCACUCUACACAGAGUAAAAAGUACACUUAUCAAAGUGUUACAUUUAUAGUUUUAAUCUGGCACUGAUGUUGGGCGAUUAGGUCUGGCUCACAGUCGGCGUUCCAAUUCAUCCCAAAGGUGUUCGAUGGGGUUGAGGUCAGGACUCUGUGCAGGCCAGUCAAGUUCUUCCACACCGAUCUUGACAAAGUAUUUCUGUAUGGACCUCGCAGAAUUGUCUAGAAUGUCAUUAUAUGCUGUAGCGUUAAGAUUUCCCUUCACUGGAAUUAAGACCAUUAUUCCUCCUCCACCGAACUUUACAGUUUGCACUAUGUAUUGGGGCAGGCAGCGUUCUCCUGGCAUCCAGAUUAGUCCGUCGGACUGCCAGAUGGUGAAGCGUGAUUCAUCACUCCAGAGAACGCGUUUCAAUGGCGGCGAGCUUUACACCACUCGAGCCAACGCUUGGCAUGGUGAUCUUAGGCUUGUGUGCGGCUGCUCGGCCAUUGGAAACCCAUUUCAUGAAGCUCCCGACAAACAGUUAUGGUGCUGAUGUUGCUUCCAGAGGCAGUUUGGAAGUCUGUGGUGAGUGUUGCAACCGAGGACAAGCUGAUUUUUACGCGCUAUGCCCUUCAGCACUCAGAGGUCCAGUUCUGUGAGAUUGUGUGGCCUACCACUUCGUGGCUGAGCCGUUGUUGCCCCUAGAUGUUUCCCCUUCACAAUAACAGCAUUUACAGUUGACCGGGGCAGCUCUAGCAGGGCAGAAAUUUGACGAACUGACUUGUUGAAAGUCACUGAGCUCUUCAGUAAAGUCAUUUUACUGCCAAUGUUUGUCUAUGGAGAUUACAUGGCUGUGUGCUCAAUUGUAUACACCUGUCAGCAACGGGUGUGGCUGAAAUAGCCAAAUCUACUAAUUUAAAGGGGUGUCCACAUACUGUUGUGUAUAUACAGUGUAGGUUUAAGACUGGGCAAGAUGGAGUGGCCUGGGUUGGGUGCGAUAAUCGACAAGCAUGAAAGUGCAUCCAACGCAUCACAUUUUCACAAUGAUGCUCAGAGAGUGCAUUGGCUACUAAGAACAUUUUGGGUGACAAGCAGGAGAGGCUUUGAGAGGCUGUUACGACAAUGGCUUGAAUAGCAUGUCUGGGACAACUUUGUCAGAACUGCUAAAACCUGGUAUUGUUGUACUGUGAUGUUUAGUUUGACAGCCACUGUAAAGUAGGUCUAGCAUUUUGCUUAUUUGCUGCAUCUUCCCUUGGGUAGCUACUCUACAAAACUGAUAAUAGGGAUUAUGGAAGCCUUCAAUAUAACUUUAUUGAAGUGUUCCAAAGCACUGUUCUCAGGUGUGCCCCGUGCUUAAUCAAUGUCUGUCUACCUCAUAGAAAUAUCUAUUUCUGUGGUCUACCUCUCCAGGUUCGUGGGCCAGAAUCUGAUGCGUCUGCAGAAGCUGGGCGUGACCCACAUCCUGAAUGUGGCGGAGGGCAACUCCUUCAUGCACGUCAACACCAAUGCAGAUUUCUACAAUGGCUCGGGCAUCACCUACCAUGGCAUCCAGGCCAAUGACAAGCCGCAGUUCAACCUCAGUAAUUUUUUUGAGGAGGGGGCGGACUUUAUCGAGGAGGCUCUGGCACACAACAAUGGCAAAGGUGAGUCUGACCACUCUGAGUUCUCUUUAAUCUUAUUCAUAGGUGAUUAUUGUGUAUAUACCAUUUCACCAUGUAAUUUAUAAGCAAAUACAUGAUCAUUUCUGUACAGUAAAAUAGUGGCAACUGCCCCUUAUACAGUGCCUUCAGAAAGUAUUCAUACCCCUUGACUUACAGUGAGGGAAAAAAGUAUUUGAUCCCCUGCUGAUUUUGUACGUUUGCCCACUGACAAAGAAAUUAUCAGUCUAUAAUUUUAAUGGUAGGUUUAUUUGAACAGUGAGAGACAGAAUAACAACAAAAAAAUCCAGAAAAACGCGUGUCAAAAAUUUUAUAAAUUGAUUUGCAUUUUAAUGAGGGAAAUAAGUAUUUGACCCCCUCUCAAUCAGAAAGAUUUCUGGCUCCCAGGUGUCUUUUAUACAGGUAACGAGCUGAGAUUAGGAGCACACUCUUAAAGGGAGUGCUCCUAAUCUCAGCUUGUUACCUGUAUAAAAGACACCUGUCCACAGAAGCAAUCAAUCAAUCAGAUUCCAAAUUCUCCACCAUGGCCAAGACCAAAGAGCUCUCCAAGGAUGUCAGGGACAAGAUUGUAGACCUACACAAGGCUGGAAUGGGCUACAAGACCAUCGCCAAGCAGCUUGGUUAGAAGGUGACAACAGUUGGUGCGAUUAUUCGCAAAUGGAAGAAACACAAAAUAACUGUCAAUCUCCCUCGGCCUGGGGCUCCAUGCAAGAACUCACCUCGUGGAGUUGUAAUGAUCAUGAGAACGUUGAGGAAUCAGCCCAGAACUACACGGGAGGAUCUUGUCAAUGAUCUCAAGGCAGCUGUGACCAUAGUCACCAAGAAAACAAUUGGUAACACACUACGCCGUGAAGGACUGAAAUCCUGCAGCGCCCGCAAGGUCCCCCUGCUCAAGAAAGAACAUAUACAGGCCCGUCUGAAGUUUGCCAAUGAACAUCUGAAUGAUUCAGAGGAGAACUUGGUGAAAGUGUUGUGGUCAGAUGAGACCAAAAUCGAGCUCUUUGGCAUCAACUCAACUCGCCGUGUUUGGAGGAGGAGGAGUGCUGCCUAUGACCCCAAGAACACCAUCCCCACCGUCAAACAUGGAGGUGGAAACAUUAUGCUUUGGGGGUGUUUUUCUGCUAAGGGGACAGGACAACUUCACCGCAUCAAAGGGAUAAUGGACGGGACCAUGUACCGUCAACUUGGGUAAGAACCUCCUUCCCUCAGCCAGGGCAUUGAAAAUGGGUUUUGGAUGGGUAUUCUAGCAUGACAAUGACUCAAAACACACGGCCAAGGCAACAAAGGAGUGGCUCAAGAAGAAGCACAUUAAGGUCCUGGAGUGGCCUAGCCAGUCUCCAGACCUUAAUCCCAUAGAAAAUCUGUGGAGGGAGCUGAAGGUUCGAGUUGCCAAACGUCAGCCUCGAAACCUUAAUGACUUGGAGAAGAUCUGCAAAGAGGAGUGGAACAAAAUCCCUCCUGAGAUGUGUGCAAACCUGGUGGCCAACUACAAGAAACGUCUGACCUCUGAUUGCCAACAAGGGUUUUGCCACCAAGUACUAAGUCAUGUUUUGCAGAGGGGUCAAAUACUUAUAAAUUGAUUUGCAUUUUAAUGAGGGAAAUAACAUUUUUGACAUGCGUUUUUCUGGAUUUUUGUUGUUGUUAUUCUGUCUCUCACUGUUCAAAUAAACCUACCAUUAAAAUUAUAGACUGAUCAUUUCUUUGUCAGUGGGCAAACGUACAAAAUCAGCAGGGGAUCAAAUACUUUUUUCCCUCACUGUAUUUUAUUUUGGGGGGGAUAUUGGACAUAACGUUGAAGAUAUGCCGUUGUUUCAAUGGUACAAAUUGAACAUAUUUCAUAAAAGAUUUGUCUAUGUUGAAAUUUGGUUUCCAUGAUGACAUAAUCCUGUGGUUGAAAUUUCACACUCAAAACAACAGUUGAUUACUUUUUUCAACGUAGAUUCCACAUCACAAUACGUUGACAAAAUACAUUGAAACAACGUUGAUUCAACCAGUUUCUGGAUUUUUGUUGUUGUUGUUCUGUCUCUCACUGUUCAAAUAAACCUACCAUUAAAAAUAUAGACUGAUAAUGUCUUUGUCAGUGAGCAAACGUACAAAAUCAGCAGGGGAUCAAAUACUUUUUUCCCUCACUGUAUGCCACAUUUUGUUGUUACAGCCUGAAUUCAAAAUGGAUUGAAUAAAAUACAUCUCCUCUUCGAAUUGAAAACGUUUUAUAUAUUUUAUUGAAAAUGAAAUACAGAAAUAUCUAAUUUACAUAAGUAUUCAAUUAUUUGUAUUGGCACCUUUUGCAGCGAUUGCAGCUGUGAGUCUUUCUGGUUAAGUCUCUAAGAGUUUUGCACACCAGGAUUAUACAAUAUUUGACAUUUAUUAUUUUUAAAAGACAAUUUUCAAGUCUUGCCAUAGAUUUUCUAGCAGAUUUAAGUCAAAACUGUAACUCAGCUACUCAGGAACAUUCACUGUCUUUUUGGUAAGCAACUCCAAUGUAGAUUUGGCCUUGUUUUAGGUUAUUGUCCCAGUGUCUGGUGGAAAGCAGACUGAGGCAGGUUUUCCUCUAGGAUUUUGCAUGAAAAACUCCCCAGUCCUUAACGAUUACAAGUAUACCCAUAGCGUGAUGCAACCGCUAUGCUUGAAAAUAUGGAGGGUGGUACUCAGUAAGCGGCAUCUAGUGGGCAAAGCUUGGUACUUUCGCACUAAUUUAAGGUAAAUAAUGCAAGUCAAAUGGCUAAUUCCUCUGGACAGGGAAAAAAACAUCACCAGAUUCACAGGAAAUGCAUUACAAAGGAUAAAGCUGCAGCAGCUCCAUACUACUUGUUAAACAUAGAGAACUGAUACUGUGUACUGGUUGUUGGGGUGGGAUUGGCGUGGGGGGUCCGUGGGCAGCUUUUGACAAUUUUAUUGGAUUCCUCAAGUCUUACUCAUUGUUAGGAAGAAUUAUGGUCCAAAUCGGAUGUUAGGUACUAUAUUUAUUGAAGAUUAUAUGAAUCCUAUAAAUUAAAAUAGCCAAUUUGGGUGCAAUUAUUUAGCUUUCAACAAAAUAAUGUUUCAGGAAAGCUGAUCUUAUCUGUUUCUAACUACAGAAAUGAUUUCAGAACAAUCUGAGAUGGUGGGUGUCAAUCCUCUUUCUUUUGCUUUUUGAGGUGGAAUGACUCCUCUGUAAUUUCCUCUGCUAUCAAUAGUUUGUUCCCCCUGGUAAAAACUGUGGAAAAACCUUUGUUGCUCCAAGUCCAGGUUACGAGAAGAGGAGUAACAGCAACUGUCCUUCAGGGCACAGGAUCUAAGACUUUUAAUGAUGUAUAAAAAAACAUUAGGAACACCUGCUCUUUCCAUGGCAUAGACUGACCAGGUGAAUCCAGUUGAAAGCUAUGAUCCCUUAUAGAUGUCACUUGUUAAAUCCACUUCAAUCAGUGUAGAUGAAGGGGAGGUUAAAGAAGGAUUUUUAAGCCUCGAAACAAUUGAGACAUGGAUUGUGUAUGUGUGCCAUUCAGAGGGUGAAUGGGCAAGACAAAAUAUUGAAGUGCUUUUGAAUGGAGUAUGGUAGUAGGUGCCAGGCGCACCAGUUUGAGUGUGUCAAGAACUGCAACGCUGCUGGGUUUUUCACGCUCAACAGUUUCCUGUGUGUAUCAAGAAUGGUCCACCACCCAAAAGACAUCCAACCAAGUUGACACAACUGUGGGAAGUAUUGCAGUCAACAUGGGCCAGCAUCCCUGUGGAAUGCCUUUGACACCUUGUAGAGUCCAUGCCCAGACGAAUUGAGGCUGUUCCAAGGGCAAAAGGGGGGAGUGCAAAUCAAUUUUAGGAAGGUGUUCCUAAUGUUUGGUAUACUCCGCGUACGUCAUCAGUCCUCCGGAUUAACAAAGUGGAGAUGGAUACUCCUGUAAACUGUUUCUCAGGCCAGUCCUAUUCCACAUUGCUGUAUGAGCUGAUAUUUCGGUCAGUUAAAUUUGAGAACAUUCCGCUGGUGAUAGACCUGUUGUACCAAACCAGACACUCCACAUUAUUCCAUAGAUACCAAACAGAUACCAGUUUGCCGCAAGUUAUUUUUCCUUUCCUCUGUGUUACAAAGGUAAAACACGCUUAGAUGCUACUUAAAGAGGACCAUUCGAUGUACCAGGACACUGUUUGAAACAUAUUGCAUUGAACAGCACAUUGAUUGCAUUUGGUAGUACUGUAAAACGUACUAUUUGAAAUAUAUGUCUGAGAUUUGUAACAGAGCACCAACCAACACAAAACAAAGUGAAAUCUAGCAAGGAAGCGAACAAGAAAAGAUAAAGGAGUCCCAUCACUUCAACCAAAACCCUCUAAUUCAUAACAGCCUCUGUAGACAGAAAGAACAAGAACAGCCAUCUAUCUCUGACCAUGGCUCUGGCCCCUUGCUCCUCUCUCCUCUCUCCCAAAUGUUACUGGGGUGUUGACAUACACUGGGGACCCAUUUUUAAUUGGAGCCCUGAACACUGUGUUUUAUGGCAUGGAUUUAAUGUCAUCUUUGACAUACAGCGGAGCAAUUAUAAAUCAUCUUAAUUCUCAGCCAAUUUGGCAGCAGUUGCAUCUACACCCCAGUAAAUCAGUGGCUACCGUAGAGGAGGUGGAAGAGAAAGAGGUGGUGGAGGAGGACACAUCUUUCCAAAGAGACACAAUGCCGUAACACCAGCCCCUUCCUAAUGGAUAAAGUGUCUUGCUGUAACCCAUCGAGGCUUGAUCAGGGACAUUUUGUGACCACCCUGCCGAGCUAUGGAAAGGUCAGGGUUGGAGCUUGUGCACGUGACUCGUCAGCAGGGUUGUUCAGCUGGAUGAGUGUGUGUGUGUGUAUUGACUGAGCUAGCGUGUGUGUGUAGAGUGAGUCCGUGUGGGAAGCGAUGAGCAGCUGAUUUCGGGUAUGUAAUGAGCUGCUACAGUCAGCCAUGCAUUGAUCGGUGGGAGGCAUGGCAGUUGGGGAUUGGAGAGGGGUCACUUCAAUGGCAAGAACCUAGUCUCGAGACGCGGGGAGCAGCGUCGGGUUUCGAACACGCUGCAGAAUCAGCUGAUCUGAACUGAGCACAAGCAGAUCAGCUUCUCGGUGAAGUUGGCACUGUGAGUAGGGAGGUUGAUAAUGAACUUAUGCGUUGAGGAGGAGAUGCAUAGCCUACAUAUCCAGGCACGUGCACACACACACAUGCUUUAAUGAGGCUAGGGCAGUGGUUAGGCGCAGCAAAUAUGGUUGACAUUGAUUUGUCUGCCGCAGAGGUCAGGCCCUGGAUUUGCAUCUCCCUGGCUGAGAUGCUUCGCUAGGCAAGUUUAUUUGGAGCAUCUGUUCGUUCCCUCCCUCCUUUCAUCCCUGUACCUCAGUCUUCCCUCUCUUCUUCCUUUUACUUCAGUCGCAGUCUUCGUCAGAAUCCCAAUGCCAGAAAUGGUCUCCUUUUAUUGUUUCCAUUCCUUUUUAAGACCACUGAUCUGACAGGAUUUGAUGGGUUCAAGCAGUAGAGUGAAACCCUAUCCAGUCCUCUCAACCAUCAGUGUUCAUGAAGGAAUGGAGUUGAGUAAAGGGGGCCAUUUAGGAGAAUUGGGACGUAGCUCUAGGUGUCUGUCUGUGUCCAUCAGGGAAGGUGUACGUCCACUGCCGAGAGGGCUACAGCCGCUCGCCCACCAUUGUCAUCGCUUACCUCAUGCUGCGCCACAAGCUGGACGCCCGGGUGGCGGUCGCCACGGUGAGGCUCAAGAGAGAGAUCGGUCCCAAUGACGGCUUUCUGCGCCAGCUGUGCCAACUCAACGAGAAGCUGACGAAAGAGGGCAAGUUGAAUGGGGUGAUGCCAGUCGUGGCGGCCAAGUUAAAGACCAAAUAA